AUGAACACUACAAGCAGUCCACAACAACCGGUGCCAUUAUCAUCCGAUGAAAUUUUAUUAUCGUCAUCACCAAUGGUUUUCCCAUCGACAUCACCAUCACUUCUUACUCCUUCAUUAAUAACACGCUCAUCUAUUGUUGAUCAUAGAAUAAAAUCUCGUACAAGUGGUGUUGAUAUUGAUACAAAUAAAUUAUCAACAACAAUAAAACGUUCUCAAGCUAUAUCAAAUAUUCAAGAUUUAGAUGAAGAUAGUCCAGUGACAUUUGAAAUUGAACCAAAUGAACAUCUUCAUGCACGUAAAAAAGUACAAUUACAAACAAAUUCAAUAUUAAUAAGUAGUCGAACAAUAAAUGAAUCUAUAUCAUCUAUUGAUCAACAACAAACAAAUAGUAGUGGUGGUGGUGAUGAAUCUGAUGCACGUUCUGAAUCAAGUGAAAAAUUACCUGAAUAUCUUGAAGAAGAAAAACCAAUAUUGUCUGGUGUACGUGUUAAAGGAGCUACACUUAAUCGAUUGAUUCGUAUAUUAAUCGAUUCAUUUCAAUUAAAUGGGACAGUGAUUGAUGAUAGUGAAUAUCCAAAAGUAUUUUUUCUUAUGCAUAAAUGGAUAAUGGAAUCCGAAUAUUUAAGUAAUAUGCUAUAUAAUUUAUAUAAACAUGCAGGUGAUGAUUAUAAAAAAGCAAUAAAUACAAAUGAAAAACGUUUUAGUAAAGACUAUCAAUUACGUAUUUGUCAUGCCUAUAAUUUUUGGAUGAAAAAUUUUCCCAUGCAUUUUGAUCUUGAUAAAAAUUUGAAAGAAACAUGUGAAAAAAUGAAAAAUCUUAUUGAAUCAUCCGGUAAUAGUGAAUUUAUGAAAUUAGUUGAUCUUUCACAAAUACCAUCAUUUGAUUGGAUGCGUCAAAUGACAGUACGAAAUCAAGUUAAAAAUAAAACUGUUUCACUUGGUUUUAAUAAUAUUGAACCACAAACAUUAGCAGCACAAUUAACAUAUUUAGAAUGGAAAAUUUUACGACGUAUUACGUUUACAGAUUAUAAAACCUAUUCUAUUAAAAAUACUUUACAAGAUAAUCCACGUCUUGAACGUUCAAUACAAUUUUUUAAUGGUUUAUCAACAUGGAUACAAUGUAUGGUUUUAAGUAAAAUGACACCAAAACAACGUGCAGAAAUUAUACAUAAAUUUCUUGAUGUGGCUAAAUAUUUAAGAGAAUUACAAAAUUUUAAUACAUGUUUAGCAGUUAUUGGUGGAAUAUCGCAUAGUGCAUUGGCUCGUUUAUCAAAGACAAUGAUGUGUUUAUCAUCUGAAGAUAUUAAACUUUUGACAGAAAUGACAGAUUUAUUAUCUUCAAAUUCAAAUUAUGCUCAAUAUAGAAAAAAUUUAUCAGAAUGUGAAGGUUUUAAAAUACCAAUAAUUGGAGUACAUUUAAAAGAUAUUAUUUCUCUUCAUGUUGCAUUACAAGAUCGUCUUGAAUAUGAUUUAAUUAAUUUUCGUAAAUUAGUUCAACUUAGUAUUAUAUUUCGAACAUUAAAUAAUUUACAAGUAUCAGUACCACCUGUACAACCGAAUAAUGAUCUUAUUAAUUUACUUACACUUUCAUUGGAUUUAAGUUAUACUGAAGAUGAAAUUUAUGAACUUUCAUUAGCAAGAGAACCUCGAUCAUCGGUUUCAUCGCCUGAUCCAGCAUCACGAGGUAUGCAUUCCAGUGAAACAACAAAUGAUUCAAGUUCAGAUGUUUAUAAGAAGAAAGAACAAGUUCAUAGUCCUGUAUUUGCUGAUUGGGCAGCUGGUGUAAGUCAAACAAUUGAUAUUCAAACAAUUCAACGACAUGUUAAUGCUAUGGUUGAAGCAGUUUUUACAACAUAUGAUCAUGAUCGUGAUGGUUAUAUAUCACAUACAGAAUUUGAAGAAAUAGCACAAAAUUUUCCAUUUAUUGAUACAUUUACUGUACUUGAUGCUGAUCAAGAUGGAAUGAUAUCAAAAACUGAAAUGCGUAGUUAUUUUUUACGUGCUAAAUAUCAUGAUUUAAAAGGUGAAUUUAAACAUGAUUUUCAUGAAACAACUUAUUUUAAACCAACAUUUUGUGUUCAUUGUACUGGACUUCUUUGGGGUUUAAUUAAACAAGGUUGGAAAUGUAAAGAUUGUGGUAUCAAUGCUCAUCGUCAUUGUAAAGAUCAAGUUGUUAUGGAAUGUCGACAAAAACGUCAACAUCCAGUUAAUAAACAAGGUUCUGUUGGUGAUUCACGUCCAAGUCGUAGUUCAUUUCGUAUACGUAAAACUCGUAAACAAAAAGGAACACAAACAGAAGAUCUUAAUUUUUCAUCAACAUCAUCAUCAUCUGCAACAUCUGAAAGUUAUACAAGUUCAUCUGAUGAUGAACAACAACUAAUUAAUCAUGAUAAAACAAUACAUCAACAUCAUCAAUGGCAUUUACGUCAACCAUCAUCAUUAAAACAUCGAAAACCAAAUUUAUCGGAUUCAAAUGAUGAAUAUUAUUAUACACAUCCACCAUCACCACAACAACAACUAACAACAAAUAAUAAUAAUGUAUCAGUUAACAUUAUACCAAUAGCUCAACAAUUAAUACCUCGUGGACCAUUAAUAUGUUCAGAUAGUUUUGAAAAAUGGAAUGAUCGUUGUUUUACAUGGAAUCGUUCAUCGCCACUUCCAACAUUAUUAUCAUCACCACCAAGUACAUCAACUGGUACAUCAGAAUCAACAACAAGUAUAACAACAACAACAACAUGUAAAACAGAAAUUAAUGAAGAACCAGAUAAAUCAAAAUCAUUCUAUGAUCAAACAUCAUUUCUUGAAAGUAAUAUUAGUGAUGAUGAUAUUAUUAAUGAAAAACAUUUUAUUGAAUCAAAUCAAAUUCAACAUAAAGAUAUUUCAUUAACUACACAACGUACAACAACAACAUGUAAAGAUAUUGGUUUAAUAACAUCAUCAACAUUUGAUGAUAAUGAUGAUGGUACAUAUUUUAAAACUUAUACAAAUACACAACCUAUACAAACAAUAACAAAUUUUAGUAGUAGUGAAAAUUUAAAUCUUAGAAAAUUAUCUUUAACUGAAUCAUUACAUUCAUUACCAACUAAAUAUGAACCAACACAAAAUGAAAUUUUUGAACGAUUAAGACAAGCUGAAGAAGAAAAGAAACGACUUGAAGUCGAAAAUCGUGCUAUGAAACAAGAACUUGUUCGAACAAAAUCUAAAAUAAGUUCAUUAAAACGUGAAAUGAGUUCAAUACAACAAUUACAUCUUGCACAACAGCAAGUUCAAGCACAAUUAUCAGCACCAAUACUUUUAUCAAGUCGACAAAAACAUGAAAAAUAUCAUGAAUAUCAUCAUCAUCCAUUAUGUCAAAGUAAUCCUCAAUCAUCUACAGUAACAUAUAAAACAGAAAAUUUUGAUCAAAUCAAUUCUAAUCAUGAUCACCACAAGAAAAAUAUUUCAACAUCAAGUUAUGAAGAAUUAUUAUCGUCUUCAGGUGGAACAAAUCAACCAAUAUGUUCCGUACAAUCAACGCAAACAACAUCUCGUUCACCACCAUCACCAAUAAUUACUUUUUCCAGUUUAUUGUCAUCAUCAUCAUUCAAUAAUACUUUAAAUGAUCAACAACAACAAACUCGUCGUUCAUUAAGUUUAACACCUUCUUCCACACAUUGUGAUUCAUCUAUAUCAUUAUCUGAUGAACAAUUACGACUCUAUCUAACUGAAACAUUACAACGAGAAAAAGAUAGUGCCGUUUAA